AUGUCUGCAUUUACCAACCUAACCCUGGAUCCAAAUGCAACCUUAAGCUACUUUCUGAGCCACAAACUGGUUCGAGAUCUCACCCAAAGACUUCUUCUGUGGAACCAGACCCAAAAUUCAUCUCUAUUCCUGGACAACCAGACUUUAUCUGACCUUUACCAGGCCACAAAAGAAGGAAACGCCUAUGGACGAGGCAGUAUUUCUGUAGUCAUCACCAUCACAGUGAUCUAUCUAAUAAUUUUCCUCACUGGAAUAGUUGGUAACAUCAGUACAUGUGUUGUGAUUUCCAAGAACAAAUCGAUGCAUACUGUCACAAAUUACUAUUUGUUCAGUUUGGCGGUUUCUGAUCUACUUUUGCUGAUCAGUGGCGUGCCUCUGGAGGUGCACAAGUUGUGGUAUCCUUACAGAUUUGGGUUUGGGGAGCAUGUUUGUAUAAUUCAAGGACUGUUUGCCGAGACUUCUGCUAAUGCUACUGUUUUGACCAUCACUGCUUUUACUAUUGAGCGAUAUGUGGCGAUUUGUCACCCUUUCUUGUCGCAUGCUGCAUCCAGCAAACUUUCUAGAGCCAUCAGAUAUAUAGCUGUUAUCUGGCUCCUGGCCCUCGGUUUGGCCAUUCCCCAGGCCAUGCAAUUCGGAGUUGUUCUAGAAUACAACGGGAUGACCCAGUGCACGUUCAAAAGAGAAGUGGUGGAGUACGCCUUCGAAGUCUCCGGUUUUGUUUUCUUCGUCGGCCCAAUGACGGUUAUAACCGUCCUGUAUGCGUGUAUUGGAGUCAAAUUAAGGAGAUCCAGGUUGGUCAGGUCUGACAACGGUGGAAAUGCAAGUACAAAUUCAGGAAAAAAUAGCCUGAACAAAUUUAGAGUCAACGGAUCGCAGACAAAAGUCAUCAGGAUGUUGGUGGCGGUCACAGUGGCCUUUUUCUUUUGCUGGGCCCCCUUCCACGCCCAAAGGAUGAUGGCGGUCUAUGGACGAACCAACGAAGUGUAUCACGAAACGUAUAUAGCGGUAUACCAUGCCCUUAACCACGUUUCUGGGGUCCUUUAUUACGCCUCGACAUGCGUCAAUCCGCUCCUGUACAACAUCAUGAGCAAUAAAUUUCGGGAAGCAUUCAAGUCAACCCUAGCCCAGCACUGCGGCCUAAAGCCCUCCGACUCCGUAGGGCACAAGGCGCGCUACAGCGCCCUAAGCCGCUUCGGCGCCUCAAUGCGCCAGGGCUCCUCCGUGGCGGAGAUGCAGGCCUCCGUCAGAACAAAUCACCGCUGGAGGCAGAGCUUCAAACAGGACGACUCCGGAGGAGCCGUCGACGAUGACGUCGACAUUACCAUGAAAAACAGCGGAUAUGGGGGACGACAUGUUAUAGCCCUUACUAGGCACCCUCAGUUUUACAGAAUCCACCAACUGUCGGAGCCCAGCAGCCAAUCGACAGUCUUAUCUACAAUCAGCAGCAAAACCGCCGAAGGAAACAACAAUAAUAAUCUUUUUCGAAAGUCCGCCUCUGGUGACAGCAAUCAUCAAUCCAGAAAACUGCAAUCGUUCGCCGAAAGAUUGAGAAACGGUGUUAGAAGUGGUAAAAGUGGUAAAAAAGAAGACCAAACACCAAGACAGAUUUCCCAUUCCGAAUCUAUCAGUAAUUCUAGUUUGCAGGAUUUGGACGAGGAGGAGUAUUCUGGCAGUGAAUUGGCCAGAUAUAUGGCCCAGAUUAAUGACAAGGAUAAGUUAAAUUGCGAUUCCAGUGAACUUUUUGGUGCCAGCGAUAACCCGAGAUCUAAACAUACAGAAUGGUAUCUAAAUUCAGUUCUCAAAACAACAUACAAUCCAGAUCCAGUUCCAAAAUCUAAAGUAUCAAAAGACGAUUUGGUGAGUAAGGACAAUGAGAGGUUAAAUUGCGAUUCCAGUGAACUGUUUGGUGUCAGCGAUAACCCGAAAUCUGAACAUACAGAAUGA